GAAGAGACCCUGGUGAGAGCCUCAUCUACAGUAGAAGAGGGGAACCCCCUUUCCCUGAAGAAUGAGGACAUCUCCGAUGCCCUGGUUUGGAACACCCUGGGUGCAGAUGCUGCGUAGACGGAGGGAUUGGGAGUAGGAGAUGGAGUCCUUACAGGAAGCAGGGUGGGAAGAAGUGUAGUCCAGAUAGCUAUGGGAGUCAGUGGUUUAUAGUAGAUGCCAGUCAGUGGUCUAUCACCUGCGAUGGAGAUAGUGAGGUCUAGAAAUGGUAGGGAAAUGUUGGAAAUGGUCCAGGUGUAUUUGAGCACCGGAUGGAAGUUAGUGGUGGAUUGGGUGAAGUCAAUGAGUCGUGCCUAACAUCGUGGAGUGGCACGGCCUUUCUUGGAGACCGACCCAGCGCUUCAACCGUGGGCACGGCGCGGACUUACCAUCUUGGAGCUUGCGAUUCUUUUGCCGGGGAUCGACUGUGGAGAGCUCCAUACGCAGGUCCUAUGGACUUUAACAUCGUGGAGCCCGCGGUCUAUGGUUAGAGACCAAUUCGGGAGCCCCAAACCGCGGAGAGUUACAACCGUCCCGGCGAGGGGGUUUCGUUUACCCCAACGCGAGGGCUUUGGAUUGCCGGCUGUGGGAGCUUUGAUUCCCCUGAAUGUGGAUGGUUCGACAGCCCUGACUGCGAGGGAAUAAAGAGGGAGAAGAUUGGACUUUAUUGCCUUCCAUAACAGUGAGGAAUGUGGGGAGCCGCUGUGGUGGAUGUUUAUGUUAACUUUUAUUUUAAGUGGCUGUGUGUCUUGUUGCUUUUCACUUAGUGUUGCAGUAUGGUAACUCAAAUUUCACUGGACCGUUAUCGGUACAUGUGACAAUAAACUGACCUUGAAACCUUGACCUUGAAACCUUAAUGGGGCAACCAGAACCGCAUGCGAUACUUCAAAUGCGACUCUGGCAACGAAUGCAAGCAUACCAUACGCCUUCUUUACCGCCCCAAUCUACUUGUGCUGCCACGUUCUGUGAGCAAUGAAUUUGAACUGCAGGAUCCCUCUGCACAUCAUUGCGGUUAAGAGUCUUGCCAUUAACAGAAUACUCUUCCCUGACGUACAACCUCCCAAGAUGUAACACCUCGCAUUUGCUCAGAAUAAACGUUACCUGCCAUUUCUCCACCCAUUUCUGCAGCUGAUCGACAUCCCACAGUUUCUUUUGAUAGCCUUCCUCGCUGUCUGCAAUUUCCACCAGUUUUGGUGUUGUUGUCAGCAAAGUUACCCACCAACCCAUCUAUAUUUAUGUCCAAGUCAUUUAUAUCUAUCAGGAGAGUGUACAGAGGAGGCUUGCUGUUUGGAUUGGAGGGUUGGGUAAACUUGGAUCUUUUUCUCUGGAAGCUCAGAGGUUGUGUGGAGACUUGAUAGAAGUAUAUAAAAUUACAACAGGUAUAGCUUUAAGGUGCUAGGUGAGAAAUGUGAAGGUGUGCCAGACAAGCUUUUUGCACAGAGAAUGGUGGACGCCUGGAAUAUGUUGCGAGGAGUGGUGGUGAAUGCAGAUAUCAUAGUGGCUUUAAAGAGACUUUUAGAUGGGCCUCUGGAUAUGCAAGGAAUGUAGGGAUAGGGAUGUAUCUGAUGAGGCUUCUCGACCCGAAAUGUCACCUAUUCCUUUACUCCAGAGAUGCUGCCUGACCCACUGAGUUACUCCAGCAUUUUCUGUCUUCGAAGAGUUUAGUUGAACCUGUCAUCAUGUUUGGCCGGGUCAUUGUGGGCCGAAGGGCCAGUUCAUGUGGGUGAGUAUGUUGAUAAACAUAAACGGCAAGAAUUACUGCUGAGGGCAGGGCACUAUUAAAAACGCACGUCAACAAGUCGUGGGAUUUUCCACGAUUUCUCAGUGCAAGUGUGUGUUUAUACCUCAGUUAUUCGUUUGUGUGUGGCGACAUUGUGUUUUGCUGCCAUUAAUUUCACAAAACCUGCGCCAUUGCAAUUGACCAAAUAUUUGCCAAGAUAUUAGCGUUACGGCCACUGGAAUGAAUCCCGGAGGCUGUGCAGAGCCGGAGGCGACAUUGCGCCAAGCUGUUGGUUUCAAGCGGUUACGUGUGUUCAGUCACAUUAAAACAUUCUCCAGGAUAAGAAACGCAGGAAGCGAAGCCUACCACUCUCAAUCAACGUUUUAAAUGAUCCAAAUACAGACUGCACCACAUGUCCCAAAUUCGCCCGUCUUUUCAGUAAUGCCAGUGGGCGGGGUGAGGAGGCUAUUGAACGGAGUAUUAAAACUAAACUUUAUUAAAGAGAGGAUAUGCAUGUUUCUUUUCACUGAUGACUGUGUGUGAAACCUCUUCCCAUUGCACUAACCGACUGCCAAGGCACAAGUCGGGGCAGUACCUAAUUCAAGGUGAGAUGACACGACUGCAGAGAUAGUGUAAUUACGGCUUCUCAAUGUAAACGAGGAAGAAGUUCAAAUUGAUGCAUAUUUUUAGACAGACUAUAAAACCGCGCCGAGAGUGCGUGCCUGUGCACUUGUCUUCCGGUGUGCUGGGGCAUUGGAGGUCGCCGCCUUCCCCAAACCCCCCCCAUCAGCCGCACUGUUGUGGGCGAGAUAGCAAAGGUCGUUGAGUGAAAGUUCCUCCGUCCAUUGCAACCGGAAUCUCGGCGAAUGCGGAUCUGAUAAAAAACAGGAAGUUUGCUCGGAUCACCGAAGGCGAGUUUUACUCGUUUACCUGUCGCCUGGAACGGUUCCAGCAUCGCCCCACGCUCGUGUAUCUGCAGCUUUCUUCGAGCCGUGAUACGAGGUGGAUGGCUCUGCCUGCCGCAGCGCUCCCCAAUUGUCUUCAGAAGGUCAGGCUGCGACGGACUGUAACCAUUGCAAAUCUUUUGAACAGGGACUGCCCUUGGAUCGGUUGACAGCUCCUCUGACUACGAGACCAAACUCCAACAGGCACUGUUGAAAACCAAAACACGUCUAUGUACUACUACAAGGCACAUCAGCUGGAAGAGUUGCAUUGAAUGAUGGGUGGAUUUCACCAUUUCAUUUACUGAGAUUUCGUAUUGAUUAGCACAAUGGCAAAUUGAUGGAAAAGGAUGCUUUUGACGUGAAGCUAGAAGAACAAAGAUGAUUUUUGUACAUAUUGUACAGGAUUGUAACAAAGUGACUGAGAACGGAAGUUUGAAGACCAACACAUCAGGCUAAGAAAUAACAUUUGGAAAAGCUGACUUUCUCCUUUAAAUAUUUCAAGAAUCUAACUGCUGGCUUCUGGCACAAUGACAAUAUUUUACUGAACAUACAGAUGAUUUGUAAUAAAAUCCUCUUAAAUCUUUAUGGUUAAAUAGCCUUAUAAACACAGCAAUGGGAGUAAACUAAGUUGUGUAUUUCUUUUGGUCAAUAGUCUCGAUUUAUAAAUGCAGAAAAUAAAAAGCCUGACACCUCAUGGACUUGAAACUGCUGGUACUGCAAUUAUAAAACUGUGCAAUUUAGAUGUUGUGGAUUCAGCUGAAGAGGAAAAGGGAACAAAGGGCUGCAACAAUAGUUUGGAACUGCUACCAGGAACUGCAAGAUACACAGAUCCGCUCAGUGACGGAAUGCUAAACGACAGCACACGACUGAACAGCACCAAAGCAGAGGAGGAGAGCGAAUAUGAAGUUGGUAGCAGCAGACUUGUCGGGCAUGAGGAAAACAGCAUCGGCCCAGCCACUGCAGUAAAUAUGGAGAAAGAAUCCCCUUUUGUAUCUCUUAACUCUUCGGGUUACUGGUCCGAUAUGCAAAGCCAGUCUCUUGAAACAGACAGAGAAUCUACUCAUGGAGAUAAAAUGGCUGUAGGUAAAUGGGAGCAUCAGCCUGAAUCACGGUCACUGAACCAGGACACAGAUUGUGAAGAUCAUUUGCUAGGAUCCUCUGUGAAACAACAAUUUCCUAAAGAUGUGACAUUAUCAUACUGUGUUAUCAGUCAAAAAUCAGGACUUGUCGAUCAUGAGCUUCAAGGGGCUACAAGAAGGAGGCUGUGCAUUCUGGAAAGCGAAACCAAAGAUGUUGGCGCGCUUUUCAAUGAAUUAUCAUCGCGACUGAUUUCAAUUCACGCAGAGAAGGACCUCUUUGUUCUCACCUUUAAGACUGUUGAGGAAAUUUGGAAAUUUACAACUUACCUUUCCCUAGGAUUUGUCGGUCGCUGUUUGGAAAACUUGUUGUUAGACCAACAUUUCUGGUUGAAUGUCUCUCUUGUGGAAGAUGUGAAGAUUCAGGUUAAAGUAAAUGAAGUACAUUUGUCACUGAUGUAUUUGGAUCUUCUGUUACAGGAAGGUCACUUUUUCACCAGAGCCUUAUCCAACAUUCCAAAGAGUGAGGAGCAAGAUAUGAACAUCUGCAAGGACGAUCUCAUCAUGGUUAAAGAUGUUGGGAAUGACUCCAAGUGGGAAGCAACCACACUUUUAACAAAUGAAAAGGGUUUCAUUCCCGUUUCUGCUCCACAGGCCCUUCUCUACCCAUUUUACCAGUGGUUCUUGAAGACGAGAGGAGGGAACUUUGGUGACCAUGAGGAAUAUAAACAACACCACUUUCCCCAUUCAAUUGGUACUGGUACCUGUGUCGCAACCGUAGAUUACAAAGAGGGUGAGGUGGAUGAAUUGUGCUUCAGUGAAGGAGAAACGAUUCAGAUAAUUGGCUUUCUUCUUUCUAACCUGCGGUGGUUUUUGGGGAAGUCUUUAUCCACUGGAUUAACUGGGUUUGUACCAGUAGAGCAUGUGCAGCCAGACCAGUUCAAAACACUGGAAAGCCAUCUUCUAUUCUUAAGUGAUGAAGAAAAGUCUUCUUUGAACAUGUUCAGAAAACCUGAUGAAGAGCAUUGCAUCAAUCUCCUGAACAAACUCUCCCAAACUGAUGUGGACACUGUUUAUCGCUUAGGGGAAUUACUUCCUUUCACAUAUGAUCAGCACCUCCUGUCUAACCAAGAUGGACUUACUCCUGCCAACAACAUUCCUGAUGUGAACCCUUCAAAAUACAAGGAAAUAGAACAAAUCGUUCCAGAAAAGGAUCAGCCCAAUCAUCCAAUAUUUUAUAUAUGCCUUAGUAUUGAAGAGAUGAAUGAUCCCGAAGUCUUUGACCCAUUAUUAUUAUUUCUAAACCAAAAGGAAUACAUUCCACAUUUCAGACAUUUCUAUGACUUGAACUUUUCUUUCUUAGGCUCCAUCUUGUAUGGAAUAACUGAAGAGAAAGAAGUUUUGCAGUACUUGGAAAUGGCAAGGGAGAUGGCCAAAAUGCAUGACAAACAUUGGGCAUACUGCCGAAUCUGUUUCCUGUUGGGAAGACUCUGUGCUAAAAGACUCAGAUUCUCACAGGCCAGAAUAUACUUUGAAGAAGCAAUGACUCUGGUACAAGGGACAUUUUCCGACCUCUAUCUGUUGACUGCUUUAUAUGUGAACUUGGCAUCUGUAUACUUGAAGCUAAAAAUGAAAGUGAAAUCUCACACCCUUGUGGAAAAGGCUGCAACUCUCCUUCUGUGCAUCCCGUCCCAUGCCUUCAGUUCAGAGAAUGAGCUGGACAUACUUAACAUUCUCCUCAAAAAAGCAAUGAUUGUCAAUGAUUAUCACCUGGAGGCACGUAGUUGUUUUCUAAUCGCAAAACUAUUUUUAGAAAGUGGGAAGUCUGAAGAGACACUGUUGUUUGCUGAACAUUUGCAGUUUCUUUCAAAUAGUUUCAGUUCACAAAGCAACAUAGUCCCAAUAGAUGUGCACUUGAUUCUAAGUUACAUAUACAACAAAAAGUGCUUACCACAGCUUGCACUGGCAGCUCUAAGAUUUUCUCAACCUGGCUCAAGUAGCACGUUGUUUGGUUCUUUGCAGAAGGCGGACUUUGUUAUUGAAACAAUUGCAAAGUUUAACUCACAAGAAAUGUGUAUGGGUGAAAUCCCUUCACAGGCUGCAUUUUACCUUCACGAGGCUCUAGAUCUCUCAUUUAGAAUUGGCAACAUUGACAUCCUGUGGGAUUUGAACUUUGCGUUGGCUAAUUUAUAUCAGCAACAUAAGCUGUAUGAAAGGGCAAUUAAUUACAUGAAAAAGUGUGCAGAAGUAGCAAGCUGCACCAGUGAUGGAGGAGCUUACAAAGCCUAUCUUUCUCUUGCAUGGUUAUAUGUUCUAAAUAAUCAGCCUAUCUUAGCAACAGAAAUAUUGAAUUCGCUUUUGGAAUCGUCGCUUGAAACACACAACCCUAUACAACAGGGAAUUGUUCACAACAUGCUGGCGCUCUCUCUAAGAAAGCACACCAGGCUAAAAGAAGCAAUGGAAAACUGCUAUUGUGCAAUAGUAACUGCAGAAGAAAGUGGCAUAAAAUGUAACCAAGCCAUUGCUCAUGCUAACUUUGGGUCUCUGACUCUGUGUUGUAAAAUUCUUGCACUGCCUGGACGCUACCUCAGAAAAUCGUUAAAUCUGUAUUUACAAAUGCAAGACUGCUGCUUGGAAGUAGGUUAUGUGCAAGUUCUCCUGAGUUUGGGGCAAUACUACAUAGACAGAGGCAUGAGAAACGAUGGGAGACUGCAUUAUGAACUAGCACUUCUUACUGCCAUGAAAACCAACAAUGUUCAUUACCAAAUCCAGGCCAUGGAACAACUCUGCAGAUUCUGUGGAAAGGUUUUACAUGAUAAAAUGCAAUGCAUUACAUAUUAUGAGCACUGGUUGGUACUCACUCAGAGGUUAAAGGACAAAGAACAGGAAAUGAAAAUGUUGACCAUUCUAAGUCAUCUUUGCUUUUCAUGUAACACACAAAGUUCCUACAGGUUAUCUCUCAGCUACACCAAACAGAACCUGAAGAACUUUAUUGAUCUGGGAAUGCACAGCAAGGAGGCAGAAGCCUGGUUGAUGGCCGGCAAAACGUAUUACAUGAUGGAAAAAGAUGAACUAGUCGAACUAUACUUACAGGCUGCUGUGCAGACAGCUGAGAGAAUGGAGAACAUGCACUUUACCAUGACAAUAAAUGAAGCGGCUGGUGAUGUGUUUUACAAUGGACCCAGAGAACGAGAGAAAGCAGAAUCAUUUUAUCGGGAUGGGGCUGUACCUCUGGCAAGGGUGAAGAAAGACCUUGAUGUAGAGCUCAGACUCUUUAACAAACUGACUGAACUUAACAUUUCUUUAAACCAUCUUGAUCAAGCUCUAGAUUAUGCAAAGACAGCUGUAAGACUCAGUAUAAACACUGGAGACCAACUAAAGGAACGUGUUGCUUUUUAUCGACUAGCCACGGUGUACUAUUUGUUUCAGCAGUAUGAGAUGGCUGAAAACUACUACCUGAAGGCUCUGUCCCUGAGUUCGCACAUAUUGCUGUUUGCAAAGGAAGCAAAGUACUAUGUGAAAAUUUAUUUCAGACUGGGUGAUAUUACACUUCACAAAUUCAAGGACCCUUACGAUGCUGCUGGCUAUUUCCAAAUGGCAUUUGCUGCAGCUAUUGAACUAGGAAGCAAGGAAGAUUUGUUUAAUAUUUGUACUAAACUUGCCAACAUUUACAAGAACUACAUUGUGAAUGAAGAUCUAUGUUCUCAAUUUGUCGAGAAAGCAAAGCUACUAAGCACUAAGCUACACAAAAACAAGCAGAACACAUGACCAAACUAAUGUGAAGUUACUCAAAAUGUAAAGUGAACUCCUAUACCAUAUCACUACCACAAAAAAAUGCAAAGCAAAUUUCUAAUGUUGCUUGUUCAAGUACAUCUAUCUUUUAUGUUCAAGAACUAAGGUGUAACUGAAAACCUGUACCAAGGGGCAACUACAAAGUUGAAAUGAACAAUUUGGUAACCGGAGAUGCUAAUUGGAUUCUAUGAGCUGGACCAUAGACUUUAAAAGUAGUGAAGAAUUUAGUUUAGAGUUUCUUGUGGAUAUGUCAAAAUGAUCCACAUUUUGUUCUAUUAUAGUUACCAUAUUGUAUAAGAUAGAAACAUCUGGGAACAGCAAAACGUGCAUCGUCAAAGUUCAUGGUGAUGAUAAAAUUGAAAUUAAAGUGUUUUUCCAAUAUUUAAGCUGUUAAGGGGCUGUCCCAUUUGGGCGACCUAAUGGCGAGUUUAGGAGAGUUUUGAAAAAAAGGCAUGUUGAAGACCUCCUUCGACUAUGUAGAAGACCUCCGUUGACUAUGUUGAAGACUAGCUUCGGUUAGCUAUGACUAACUUCGGGAAAAUUGGACACCGAAUAGUGGAGAGUGAAGGCGACCUUCUUCCAUCUCCCUUUGACUAUGAUGAAGACUAUCUAUGACUACAUUCGACUUCCCUCGACUACUACGACUAAACCUACGAGUAAAAAAAAACAAACAUUUUUUUUCCCAUGGCGACCUUUUUUUACUCGCAGACAUUUUUCAGCAUGUUGAAAAAUACACCGCGACCUAGCUGAGGCCUCGAGUAUGCGGGGACUACUCUCGAGCAUGAAGUAGAGUUACGAAGACCUCCUAUGACCUCGUGUCGACCAUGCUGUGAGUACGAGUCGAGGGCAAACUCACCAGAACUUGCGGAUUAGGUCGCCCAAAUGGGACAGCCCCUUUAGACAACUGAAAUAGAUCAGUACAAUAUAUUGCAUUAGAAGCUGGACCAUUUCCAGUUAUUGUCUAGAACCUGAUAUCCUUAGUCAUCCUAAGUUUUAUAUUUAAAUUAUUCUGAAGACUAUGGAUUCUCAUGAUUACAAAUAUCUGUUCAUGAAUAUAUAUAUAUAUGAAUAUAAAAGUUUGUUUAGCUCUAGUUAGCUCUGAACUAGAGCUAACUGAAUUAGCUCUAGUGAACCAUUAGCGAACAUUAGUAGUAUCUCAGAAUGUUUUAUAAUGCAUGUGAAAUUUAGCAGCUUCCUUGUAUAAAAAUAUGAUGAGCUUUGUGUACAUUAUGUUAAAUCACAAACUUUAAAUAUUUGCCAUUUCUAAAAUAUAAU